AUGUCCAGUCCUUCGUCUGCAUUCUGCAAGCACACGGACGGGCGCCUGGUCUGGGCGCACCUGGACAUCAUCUCCGUCCCAUACUCCAACAACCUCCAGUCGUCGCUCUCCUCACACCCGCAAGCCGCUGACUUGUGCGACGACGAUGCACUGCAUUUUCCUACAACGCCUAAAGCUCGACCUAUAGACAGACACUCGCUCCUCUCUGCUGCCGGUUCCAGGCACCCCGUCCAUAUCACCCUCCUUCUUUGCGACACCCAGUCCUCGAGCCUCCGUUCCGACGACGAUUCCAAGUCCCAACCCCGCCUAUCUCCAGUAACCCAAUCCCGGCCCGAGUCGCGGCGCUCCCGCCUUCUACCUAGCAUCCCCAAGGUCGCGUGUAGCUUUGUCACCAACUCGAGUCAGCUGCCCGGCUGGGCGAGCGACACCAUAAUCAUGGCUACUGUCGUCGCGCCGGCCAGCGUGAGGGUCUCGGGGCCGCCUAACAGCAGCUUUCUCGUGGGCUACCCAGGCAUCUCGGCCACCUUACCGCGUAUCGAGGGAAAGGUCGAGAUCCGUCCAGGCGUAGGGUACUCCAUGCCAGUGCCGGUGUCUCUAGUUCGAAUAUGUCUUCAACGGAAAGAAACAAUCCACCCCGACGCCGACAACCUUGCCAAACGACACCUGGGAACACCGAGACGAGAAACAGCGGACGUUGUGGGGAAAGAGGUGCUGCUGUUCCGCUGCUCGACCGGCAAGGAGGCGGAGAACGUCAUAGCCAUGGACCUGCCCUUCGUCCUUUUCAUACCGUUUGGUCGGGGCGGCGAGGAGACUAACCGUCGCAUACCUCCCGCUUCACUACAGCUGCCGAACCGGACGGCGGAGACACUCUACGAACUCGUCGUCACCGUGCAACAGGGCCACAGCAAUCAAUACAAGUACACCUUUCCCAUGCCGCUUCGGCGCUACGAUACCUUGUCCACUUUUGGCAUGUACAACAAGCCCGAGACGAAGCUCGUCACCAACGACAGCAUUGUUCACCUGGGCAUCAACCUGCCGCGAUGGAGCUACGGGCCUAGUGAUCCCAUAACCGUCUACAUCAAGUUGUCGCCAAACCCAGACUGGCUCAGUAAAGCCAAGCGGGUGUCCAUCGACAAGAUCACACUCACAAUCGAAGAGGAGAUCACCUUCAAUCCCGAAGGGGACGAGCCGACCAAGAAGAUCAACAAGAUAUCCAAGCAGGUUCAGCAGGUCAAGACCAAGCUUCCCGAGGCGGGUUACGCCACGAACAUGGGUCUUUGCUUCCCUUCAAAAGAUUUACGCGACCCCGAUGGAGUGGUCAAGCGGGGGAAACCGGGCUUUCCCAUGUACGAGGUCCAGUCGUUCACCACUACAUCGACAUUGUACAAAAUUGAGUUUUACCUCAACAUCAAGCCGAUCGUCAUCUGCCCCCUCGACCAACAGGGCUGCAAGGAGGAAAUGGACGCCAUCGAACAGGCCGCCAAGGAUGCCUCACACGUCGACCCAAACAACCCCAUGCUGCCCGCUCAUUCCAUCAUUUUAGCAAGCGACCGCGAUUCUUUACGAGCACUGGGGUUAUGCAUGGUUGGAGGUCAGAAGAAGCCACUCAUUGAAUGA